AUGAAACAAGCACUGGUUCUUAUCAAAAAAACAGAGAAUUUUUCCGAGUACAUAAGAUUCCAAACGGAGCCACGGUUCCUGUUCUACACUUUUAUAUGCGGAGACUUCAAUUCGCGUCAAUUUGAUCCUGUUUUUUCGCCGGCCAAGUUACCGUGUCCACUGAAAGAACAGUAUGGAAAAGCAGCUUCAAAAGUCCCGUAUGAAGCUUUUAUGGAAACGAGAAAUGAUCUUAUCAAUUCACACCAAAGAGUAUACGACAAAUUGAUUUCCCUAUACUCCAUCGCCUAUGAUCUAGCUGACAGAGGCAUCUCCCUGACCGAGAUCUGGAGCUUUAUAGACUACAUCUUUGUUUUACAGGAUAACAAAAUAAGCCAAAGCCCUGGAAUAGAUGCCUUGGAAGAAUUUGCCAAAGUCAGCAACAUAAAAGUCUUGGCUUUGCUCCGUGUUCCCAAAAAGUCUGAAAUAGGAAAGUCGCGGCUCUCACAGCCAGCAGUCGGGACGUGUCCGUCUGACCAUGUUUGCUUGAUGGCAGAUUUGGAAUUACUCUGA